AUGUGCGGGGGUCCCGGCCCCCCCGCGAUCCCCGCACCCGCCGGGCGGGACGGAGCCCAGCGGCUGAGCCGCCUUUCCUUUACUCCUGGCUCCCUCUCGUGGGCCUCCCAAAAAAAGCACAUUCUGGGCGUUCCCGAAGCUCCUGCCCCGCGGCCCCGGCGGGUUCCUCCUCCCGCAGCCCCCCGGCCCUGCCCUGCGCCCCGGGAGCUCCGGGCUGCCAUGGAACUGCCGGCCGGGCUGCGGGACCCGGCCAGGGAGCCGGUCUCAUUGCCAACAAGACCAUUUACAAAAUUGGUAAAGGAAAUGCAACUCCAUCGAGAUGACUUUGAAAUUAUAAAAGUGAUUGGAAGAGGUGCAUUUGGUGAGGUUGCAGUUGUUAAAAUGAAGUGCACAGAGCGCAUUUAUGCAAUGAAAAUUCUAAAUAAAUGGGAAAUGCUUAAAAGGGCAGAGACAGCUUGCUUCCGAGAGGAGAGAAAUGUCUUGGUGAAUGGAGACUGUCAGUGGAUUACUACAUUGCACUAUGCCUUUCAAGAUGAGAACUAUUUGUAUCUAGUGAUGGACUACUACGUUGGUGGUGACUUACUGACACUUCUCAGUAAGUUUGAAGACAAACUUCCUGAAGAUAUGGCUAGGUUCUACAUUGGUGAAAUGGUGCUUGCUAUACAUUCCAUACAUGAGCUGCAUUAUGUGCACAGGGACAUAAAGCCUGAUAAUGUCCUUUUGGAUAUGAAUGGCCACAUACGAUUGGCAGACUUCGGAUCCUGUCUGAAAAUGAGUGAAGAUGGCACAGUACAGUCAUCAGUAGCAGUGGGCACGCCUGACUACAUCUCCCCUGAGAUACUACAAGCAAUGGAAGAUGGAAUGGGAAAAUAUGGGCCUGAAUGUGACUGGUGGUCACUAGGUGUCUGCAUGUAUGAAAUGCUCUAUGGUGAAACACCCUUUUAUGCAGAGUCAUUAGUGGAAACCUAUGGGAAGAUUAUGAAUCAUGAAGAACGAUUUCAGUUUCCAUCCCAUGUUACAGAUGUAUCUGAAGAAGCAAAAGAUCUUAUUCAGCGACUUAUCUGCAGUAGGGAGCGUAGACUGGGACAGAAUGGAAUAGAGGAUUUUAAGUCUCAUGCAUUUUUUGAAGGACUUAAUUGGGAUAAUAUUCGAAACCUAGAAGCACCUUACAUUCCAGAUGUUAGCAGUCCUUCUGACACCUCAAACUUUGAUGUAGAUGAUGAUGUACUAAGAAAUCCAGAAGUGGUGCCACCAAGUUCUCAUUCAGGCUUUUCUGGAUUGCAUUUGCCAUUUGUUGGGUUUACGUACACAACUGAUAGCUCUUUAUCUGAUAGAGGCACUUUAAAGAGUGUGAUGCAGUCUGACACUGUAACCAAAGAUAUGGAUGCACAGCGUGACUUAAGGAACACUUCACAAAUAGAAGGUUAUGAGAAGAAAAUACGGAAAUUAGAGCAAGAAAAGCAGGAUUUGAACAGAAAACUGCAAGAGUCCACACAGACAGUGCAGAACCUCCAGGGACCAGUGUGUGUUCCAGUAAAUACAAGCCGUGAUAAGGAAAUUAAAAAACUAAAUGAAGAAAUCGAACGGUUGAAGAACAAAUUAACAGAUAUAAGCAAACUGGAAGGACAGCUUGCAGAUGCAGUGGCUUUUCGACAAGAACAUGAAGACUCCAUGCACAAGUUGAAAGGACUAGAAAAGCAGUGCAGAGUGUUGCGGCAAGAGAAGGAAGACCUUCAUAAGCAACUUGUAGAAGCCUCAGAGAGGUUAAAGACACAAUCCAAAGAACUGAGGGAUGCCCACCAGCAGAGGAAGCUGGCUGUGCAGGAGUUUGCUGAGCUCAGUGAGAGGAUGGGUGACUUGCGGUCCCAAAAGCAGAAGCUGUCCCGUCAGCUUCGUGACAAAGAAGAAGAGGUGGAAAUGAGCAUGCAAAAGAUUGAUGCUAUGCGACAGGACAUCCGUAAAUUGGAGAAGAUCAGAAAAGAGCUGGAAGCCCAACUUGAAGAAGUUGUAGCAGAAGCAUCAAAAGAACGCAAGCUUCGUGAGCACAGUGAGGUCUUCUCCAAGCAGUUGGAAAAUGAACUGGAAGCUCUGAAGCUGAAGCAGGGAGGCCGGACAGCAGGUGCCACACUAGAGCAUCAGCAGGAGCUUUCCAAAAUUAAGUCUGAGCUGGAAAAGAAAAUCUUAUUUUAUGAAGAGGAGUUGGUCCGACGAGAAGCGUCACACGUUUUGGAAGUAAAAAAUGUGAAAAAGGAAGUACAUGAUUCAGAGAGCCAUCAGCUUGCACUGCAGAAGGAGAUCAUGAUAUUAAAGGACAAAUUAGAGAAAACAAAGCGAGAUAGGCAUAGUGAAAUGGAGGAAGCAGUAGGAACAAUGAAAGAGAAAUAUGAGCGUGAAAGAUCCAUGCUCUUGGAAGAUAACAAAAAGCUGACAACAGAAAAUGAGAGGCUUUGCUCCUUUGUGGACAAAUUAACAGCACAGAACAGGCAGCUAGAAGACGAGCUCCAGGACCUAGCAGCAAAGAAGGAGUCUGUUGCUCACUGGGAAGCUCAGAUUGCAGAAAUUAUUCAAUGGGUAAGUGAUGAGAAGGAUGCUCGUGGCUAUCUCCAAGCAUUAGCUUCCAAGAUGACAGAAGAACUAGAAUCAUUGAGAAGUUCCAGUCUGGGGUCACGAACACUGGAUCCACUUUGGAAAGUGCGACGCAGUCAGAAGUUGGACAUGUCAGCUAGGCUGGAAUUACAGUCUGCCCUUGAUGCAGAAAUUCGUGCCAAACAGCUAGUUCAAGAAGAGCUACGGAAAGUUAAAGAUGCAAACAUGUCUUUUGAAAGCAAAUUAAAGGAAUCAGAAGCCAAAAACAGGGAACUGUUGGAAGAGAUGGAGGGUUUGAAGAAAAAACUGGAAGAAAAAUACAGAACAGAUUCAGGUCUCAAACUUCCAGACUUUCAAGAUUCCAUUUUUGAAUAUUUCAACACCUCUCCUCUUGCACGCGAUUUGACUUUCAGAACCAGUUCUAUUAGUGAGCAGGAAAUGCAGGGUCCCAAGUCAGAAGUUUCACCAUCUACUUCCGUUGUAACUGCAGAGCAACAACAAGAAGAACCAAUUCGGCUUCAGAGGAUGCCUGCUGCUCCUUCCCCCACCAUUCAGUCCAUUUCUCUAGCUGUACCAAAGCCUAAAGCUCACCAGCUCAGUAUCAAGUCAUUCACAAGCCCUACCCAGUGUAGUCAUUGCACCUCUCUUAUGGUGGGAUUAGUUCGACAAGGUUAUGCCUGCGAUGUGUGUUCAUUUGCAUGCCAUGUUUCCUGCAAGGAUAGUGCACCUCAGGUCUGCCCUAUACCCCCUGAGCAAGCCAAAAGGCCUCUUGGAGUAGAUGUGCAAAGAGGAAUAGGAACUGCCUACAAAGGUUAUGUCAAGGUCCCAAAGCCUACAGGAGUUAAGAAAGGGUGGCAGAGGGCUUAUGCAGUUGUCUGUGACUGCAAACUGUUCUUAUAUGAUGUGCCUGAAGGAAAAUCCACCCAGCCUGGAGUUGUUGCCAGUCAAGUCUUGGAUCUCAGAGAUGAAGAUUUUUGCGUGAGCUCUGUCCUGGCAUCUGAUGUCAUACAUGCAACUCGUAAAGACAUCCCUUGUAUAUUCAGGGUGACAGCUUCUCUCCUAGGUUUGCCUUCGAAGUCUUGUUCUCUACUGAUCCUGACAGAAAAUGAGAAUGAGAAGAGAAAGUGGGUUGGAAUUCUAGAAGGGUUGCAGUCAAUCCUGCACAAAAACAGGCUGAAAAACCAGGUUGUGCAUAUUCCACAAGAAGCCUAUGACAGUACACUGCCUCUUAUUAAAGCAAGUUUAGCUGCUGCUAUUGUAGAUCGAGAUCGAAUAGCAAUUGGUUCAGAAGAAGGACUGUAUGUGAUAGAGGUGACCCGUGAUGUGAUAGUCCGAGCUGCUGACUGCAAGAAGGUGUACCAGAUAGAGCUUGCUCCCAAAGAGAAAAUUAUCAUCCUCAUCUGUGGUCGGAACCAUCAUGUUCACCUUUACCCCUGGGCCUCUCUGGAUGGGUCAGAAGGAAACUUUGACAUUAAGCUUGCAGAAACUAAAGGCUGCCAGUUGAUUACGACAGGAACACUAAAGAAGAGUUCUUCAACUUGUUUGUUUGUGGCUGUCAAGCGACAGGUUUUUUGCUAUGAAGUUCACAGAACUAAACCUUUCCACAAAAAAUUCAGUGAAAUCCAGGCUCCAGGAACUGUACAGUGGAUGGCAGUGUUCAAGGACAAGCUCUGUGUUGGCUACCAGUCUGGGUUCUCUCUGUUGACCAUCCAGGGAGAUGGACAAUCUAUGAACCUGGUAAAUCCUAAUGACCCCUCGCUUAUCUUCCUCUCACAGCAGUCUUUUGAUGCCCUUUGUGCUGUGGAGCUCAGUAAUGAGGAAUACCUGCUUUGCUUCAGCCAUAUGGGAGUAUACGUCGAUUCGCAAGGUCGAAGGUCACGCAUGCAGGAACUUAUGUGGCCUGCAACUCCUGUUGCCUGUAGUUGCAAUUCUUCGUAUGUAACAGUGUAUAGUGAAUAUGGUGUCGAUGUGUUUGAUGUUAACACUAUGGAGUGGGUGCAGACUAUUGGCCUGCGAAGGAUCAGACCAUUAAACAUGGAUGGCACACUGAAUCUCCUUAACUGCGAGCCACCCCGACUAAUAUAUUUCAAAAACAAGUUUGCAGCAGGAGCUGCCCUCAGUGUACCAGAAACAUCUGACAAUAGCAAGAAGCAAAUGCUUCGAACUAGGAGCAAAAGAAGAUUUGUAUUUAAGGUUCCUGAGGAAGAACGGUUACAGCAAAGGCGGGAAAUGCUUAGAGACCCUGAGCUAAGGUCAAAGAUGAUUUCUAACCCAACGAAUUUCAACCAUGUGGCUCAUAUGGGACCUGGAGAUGGAAUGCAGGUUCUCAUGGACCUCCCACUGGGUUUGUGUCUGUUACUGAAAAUAUGUGGAUGUGGUCAAAGUGUCCUACCUGCUGCACAGGAUGAAAAACCCUGUCCAUCUACAGCUAACCUCUCACGGCAGCAGCAGCAGCAGCAGAGAAACAAAUCCUAUAUCUCGUGGCCCACAUCAAGUGGCAGUGAUGUGGGAGGAGCCAUGCCUUCCCGAAGUAUGUCCGACCCUGACCAGGAGUUUGACAAAGAGCCUGACUCAGACUCCACCAAACAUUCUACUCCAUCCAACAGCUCAAACCCAAGUGGUCCCCCGAGUCCCAACUCUCCUCAUAGGAAUCAGCUUACACUAGAUGGACUGGACCAGUCAACCUGUGAUGCAUAACACUACCACUCUCACCAUUCUGGCUUUAAUCAUCUACUACUCCAUGGAGUAUUCAAGAGCAGGGCAGAGCUGUCUCAGAUGCUUAGUGCCAAGACUGACAGUGAAUCUCUAGUGUUGUACAAGAAUAAUUAUAUAUCCAAAUUGUAGAUACAGACUAUUGAAAUGAAGAGAAUUCUUUGCUAAAUAGCAAUUGAGCUUUUUAUGCAGAAUUGUUCACCGCUCAGUUAUGGUUGAUUCCUUUCUGCACAGCUGUGACACAGUUUGAUUGCAUAGGAGCAUUUGAGGCCACCGGUAAAUAGUCUUAUUCUUUUGCUGAAAAAGAAAUAGAGAGAGAUACUGAUAAUGUUUCUACAAUAUCAGGAAUAUUAUUUUUCUAUAGAAUGAUGUAAUGUCUCAUUAGCAGGAAAUCCUUUUAGACACAAUUUGGACCUCUACGUAGGAAAUGCGAGCAGGUCUAGUUACAUCCUCAAAUGAAUACACUUUUCCCUUUUUCCCAUAACUGUUUGUUUCCUAAAUCUUAAGGAGAAUGCUUGGAAGCUGUAGGUCGUUUCCAACAUCAAUAGAAUCACCAGGAAGUUGAAUAAAAGUCGGUUAUGGUUUUGUGGCCUUUUAAUUAAUUUAGCCAUUACAUAUACAGCUGCGUAACUGUCUUUCUAUCUUUCUACCAACUUUUUAGUCUUGUACAUAGGACUACUGCCAGUUAUCUUUUACCCACACCCUGCUUUUUAGUCCUCACCAAUCAGUCAUUAGUCAGGGCUUUUAAAAUAUUGGUAAUUACUGCUGUGAAAAAAAUAAAAUUUAUUCCUAGUUCCUGUCUAUCUCCUUCUGAGGAGUUUGUUUCUCCUGGGUUUUUUGGUGUAAGGACACACUACGUGGUUUAGCUAACAAGCCUUCUCGUGGAUCUGCUUGAUCUAAGGGGACUUUAUCACACUACAACAUCAGUCUGUUUUAUUGGUUACCAAAGUGGAACGUGAAGGAUGUGUUACUGGGGGUGCUGCUUUUCUCAUUAAUUGUAUCCUCACCUGCAUGAAGACCCCAUGAUUAUUAAUCAAGUAUUGAUCAUGUAGAAAAAUGCACAACACACUCCUGUAUAUUUUGCUAUGGCCCACGUGCAGUGGUGAUGUUUUGCGUGUAUAUUUAAUCUCAUGCUUCCAUGUAUUAUACGUUUAGUAAUCAAAGAUUUGUGACCAUGUUUCAUUAAAGGCUUGUAAUUAAUUCAGUGGCUGGCAUAUCCAGUUUGUCAUUGUCACACUAGUGUGCCUUCUGUGCCAAUUUUAUGACAGUUGGAUGUCACUUAUUUAAAAUUUGGUUUAAAUGGGCUAAUGAUAUACCAAUGGCUAAUGUUCUUUUCUGAAACACUGUAUAGGACGUGCACUUAUCUUUAGUUUGAACUGAGUGUUCUAGUCAACAUUUAAUCCUUUUGAGUUAAGUGUUCGACAGUUCUUGCUCUUUUUCUCAGAUUCUUGAUAAAGGGGCUCAGUUAGAGCUGGACACUACUGCUUUGGGGGUUUUCUGGUUUUUACUUUUUUAAUGUAAGUCUAAGUCUUUGUAAUUAUUGAAUUGUGAGAACAUUUUUGAACAAUUUACCUGUCAAUAAAGCAGAAGAGGGAGGUUUUAAA